CUGGGAUCCUCGACACGCGCUUGGAAGCCUCGAGACAAAGGACACAUCACUACCCACCAGAGCCCUGAUGUGUGGACACACUUGUUGAACUUGACUUUGUAGAAAGUGUAACCUCAGACUCACGAAGAUUGCGUCGCGUGGCAACAGGAAGAAGACGGAGACGGAACUCGGCCACACGGCGCGAGUCGCAGUGACUCUUCAUGGAGACUAAACGGUGCAUUUAAUCGCCCACAAUGUCCACGUGACCCUGUCCCAGCGACUCUGUGUUGUUCCGCUUUAUUGGAAAUGUCCGGAUUGUCUCUUUUUGUGUAUUGCGGAGCUCAUGACGCCACCGUGCCAGCAGGGGAGACACGGACCCAAGCGGAGCCGAGCGACGCAGCGGGUCAGAGUGAGCGAAGCGUUCUUAACAGUGGCGUGGCCUGGGGCUUCAGUGAGGAGGACCCAGAGCCCCUGGAAAUGAAAGAGGAUCAGGAGGACCCAGUGCCCGCACAUGUUAAAGAGGAACAGAAGGACCCAGAGCUCCCCCACAUUAAAGAGGAACAAGAGGACCCACAGCCCCCACCUGUUAAAGAGGAACAGGAGGACCCAGAGCUCCCCCACAUUAAAGAGAACCAGGAGGACUCGGAGCCCCCCCACAUUAAAGAGGAACAGGAGGAAGUCUGGACCAGUCAGGACGGAGACCAGCUUCAAGGUCUGGAGGAGGCUGGUCUCAAGUUCUCAUUCACUGUGAAGAGGGAAUACGAUGAAGAUGAAGCUCAGUCAACACAGCUUCAUCAAAGACAAACCGAACAGAUGGAAACAGAAGCUGAUGGAGAGAAUUGUGAAGGACCAGAACCUGCCAGGAACUCAAAUCCAGAUAGACGUCCAGAUACUGAUGAGGAGACUGGAGACUUUUCUGAAACAGAUACUGAUGACUCUGUUGAUUGGAAGAAGACCAGAGAACCUCAAUCCGGUUUAAACUCGUUGAAUAAUGAUGAAGUUCAUGUCAGUGAUUCAAAAUGUAGUUCUAGUGAGAAAACAUUAACCUGCUCUUAUUGUGGGAAAAGAUUUCACCUCAUGGGAGAUUUGAAGAGACACUUGAGAAUUCACACAGGAGAGAAACCUUUCAGCUGCUCAGAGUGUAAGAAAUCUUUUACACGGAGAGGUCAUUUGAAUAAUCAUAUGUUGAUUCACACAGGAGAGAAACCUUUCAGCUGCUCACAGUGUAAAGAAUAUUUUACACGGAGGGAUACUUUAAAGGUUCACAUGUUAAUUCACACAGGAGAGAAACCCUUCAGCUGCUUAGUCUGUGAUCGAAGCUUUAUGUGCAAGUCAAGUCUGAAAUGUCACAUGAUGAGUCACACAGGAGAGAAACCUUUCAGCUGCUCAAUUUGUGAUAAAAGCUUUAAUCAAAAGGGAACUAUGAAGAGACACAUGAGACUCCACACAGGAGAGAAACCUUUCAGCUGCUCAGUCUGUGAUAAAACGUUUGUACUGAAGCAACAGUUAAACAUUCACAUGUUAACUCAUACAGGAGAGAAACCUUUCAGCUGCUCAGUCUGUAAGAAAACUUUUGUACUGAAGCAACAGUUAAACAGUCACAUGUUAACUCAUACAGGAGAGAAACCUUUCAGCUGCUCAGUCUGUAAAACACCUUUUACACGGAAGGGAGAUCUUAAGUUACACAUGAUAACUCACACAGGAGAGAAACCUUUCAGCUGCUCAGAGUGUAAAACAUAUUUUACACGGAGGGGAGCUUUAAAGAUACACAUGAUGACUCAUAGAGGAGAGAAACCUUUCAGCUGCUCACAGUGUAAAAUGUCUUUUACACGGAGAGGAGAUUUAAAGAAACAUAUGAUGACUCAUAGAGGAGAGAAACCUUUCAGCUGCUCAGUCUGUAAGAAAAGCUUUAAGAGCAAUUCAAGUCUGAAGUCACACAUGUCAACACAGUCACACGGGUGAGAAACCUUUCAGCAGCUCAGUCUGUAAAACAUCUUUUACACAUUAAUCUUUGCAGACACGUGUGUAACAUAGUUGAAAAAGUAAAAUCCCACUAAAUGGGUAAACUACGCCACCUGCUGUAUACCUGCGUUGAAUAAUAGACGCAAAGGACUGGAUAAUCCUCAUAGCAACACAGGAUACUCUCAUAGGUAAACAUGUCUGAAUGUUUGUGGGGAGUUGGGAAAGUACAUACAUGUUGAGCUGGCUUUAUUUGUUUGGAUAGUAAUUGUCUUAGAUUAUAUUCACCAUGUUUUCUUUAAGUUCACUAUUUGUUUUGUAUGUGUUUUAUUGCCAAUAAAGAAUGUCUCCAGUAUAGCUUGCUAACACUAACCCCUCACUCAUUCAAUAGAGUAUGCCCUGCCCACAACCUCCAAACUCAAUUCAUAGCUUUUUGUUUUGGGAGCGAAGGUUUUUUGUUUUAGAGCAAAUAUGUUUGAUUUGCAGCAACAAAUUCUAGUUUCAUAAGCAAAACUAACAAUUUAAAGAAUGUCUUUGUCCUAUCACUGGAGCAUAUGUUUCUCGUUUAGAGGUCUCCAUGAAACGACAUUAUCCUGUCCCAAGUGAGUGGCGAGUACGCCCUCCUUAUGCUCCCUAUGAAAGGUUUAACUCACAUCAGUCCACGGACUUUUCUGAUUCGAAUAUUAAAUGUAUCUGGGCUAUUCUAGAACGCCUGAUUUUUGACAUGUUUCUACUCUCUGUAAUAAACUGCAUUAUAUCAGC